CUGUCUGGCACUCAGUUCUGUGUUUGGUCGUCUGGUCGGCGGGUUUCUGCUGCGCCAGGAUUUUUUUCUGCACUCGUCCUCACCUUUACGUCUGUGAGGUAGGCUACCACAAUGAGGCUACAGUUUCUGGUUUUCACUCUGGGCGUGCUGGUCACAGUGCAGGCUAAUAAAGCAAAAACGACCUCAGAGGAUCCUCGAAGAUCACGGAAGGUGGCCACCACUAAAGCUAAAAACCCUCCGGCCCCUGAGGUCAAAGAACAAAAUCCCUGCUCACGUAAGAAAUGUUACCGAGGUGAGACGUGUCAGCUGACAGAGAACAGAGAGGCGGAGUGUGUGUGUUACACUAGGUGUGCUGAGAUCUACGCUGGACUGGAGGUGUGUAGCAACAACAACAUGACCUACAAGUCCGAGUGUCACCUUGACCUUGACCACUGCCUCUGCUCCAACAACAGACAGGGUUGCCUCUCUCCUGGCAAGAGGAAGAUCUACCUGGAGUACUACGGGGCGUGUCGAGAACUUCGGAAAUGUGAACCCGGUGCAGCGGCCCAGUUUCCAGACCGAAUGAGGCAGUGGUUGUUUGUCGUGAUGGAAGAAAUGGCAGAACGUGCAUCUCUAGGUGAGUACCAAGCCCUGCUGGACGAGGCGAUGAAAGACGAAAGCCACGCCUACGCGUCUGUCUGGAAGUUUUGUGACCUGGAUGUUGACCCCCAGGACAGAAAGGUGACCCGCAAAGAGCUCCAGUUUCUGACGCGGAGUCUGAAGGCCAUGGAGCAUUGUCUCGAGCCUUUCCUUGAUGGCUGCGACGUCAACAAGGACAGGGAGAUAACCCUGGUUGAAUGGGGAAAAUGUCUUGGACUCACUAAUGAUAAAAUCAAGGACAAAUGCCUGGACAUACAUAAGCACGCGCCAAAACAGCGUGGGAGCAGGAGUACAUAAAUAACACGUGGAUGUUUGCAGCACAAACAAGCUAUAAAAAAAUAACUUCAUAUCAAUGGCUGAUUUGUCUGUGUUGCUGUUUGUUGUUGGUUUCUUUAUUUUCAUUUUUUGUGUGUGUUUACGAAGUUAGCAUCUCUAUCUUAGAAGUGUAGGCCUAAAUUUAAAUAAUGAAAACUUGU